AUGGAAGAAGAUUCGCCCUGGGGUGACGUUCCGUCACGAUCGCAUUCCAACAGCAACCUGGCCGCCCAAGCUACUCAAGACGAGCCAACCACGUCGACGUCCAAGCCGACACCAUCGACGACAGAAACAGACACUCCCGCCGCCUCGGACAACACUCGAUCCAAAGUCAAGAGUCCGCCGUCCAAGACACGUCCGUCGCGCCGCUUCGGUACACAAUCCACCACUCUCGAGGCCCUCGACGACUCGCUAGGCCCGCUGGGUCCUCUCGGCGAUGUACCUGCUGAGACUGCUCCCAUUGAAGAACGUCCUGCGCCGCCACAGAAGGAGCAGAAUGCCCGCAAUGCUCCGCCGACUGCUCUGAUGGAGAGUACUACCCUCGACGACGACGGCACUUCGACCGUUUCAGGACGUGCUCCUCCCCCUGUUCAACCUGCUCCUACCGCCGAUGCUCCUAAACGCCAGACACAGCCCAGCGUGAGCAUUGAGCAAGCUGCCAAACCUUCCUUCGACAUCAGCGUUGGCGACCCACACAAGGUCGGAGACUUGACCAGCUCGCAUACAGUCUACCAGGUCCGCACAAAGACAACCAGCAAGGCUUACAGAACCCCCGAGUUUACCGUCUCACGCCGCUACCGUGAUUUCUUAUGGCUGUACAAUCAACUGCACAACAACAACCCUGGAGUCGUGGUACCACCACCGCCAGAGAAGCAGGCCAUGAAUCGCUUCGACCAGAACUUUGUCGAGAGCCGCCGCGCCGCCCUUGAACGCAUGCUCAACAAGUCAGCCGCUCAUCCCGUCCUGCAGCAUGAUGGUGAUCUCAAGUUGUUCCUUGAGAGCGAAGCCUUCAACGUCGACAUCAAGCACAAGGAGCGCAAGGACGUCGGCUUGCCCGAGACAAAGUCGGGCGGCGGCAUGCUGGGCGCCAUUGGCCUGUCGGUCGGGUCCAGCACUAAGUUUGUCGAACACGACGACUGGUUCCAUGACCGUAAGAUCUAUCUUGAUGCUCUUGAGACUCAGCUCAAGGCCCUUCUCAAAUCUACCGACACUGUAGUCGCUCAGCGCAAAUCGUUAGCCGAGAGUUGCCAGGACUUUUCUGCUUCACUGCACCAGCUUGCCUCUGUCGAGCUGUCGCCGGAGCUCUCUGCUCCGUUGGACGCCCUGUCUGACAUACAGAUGCGUAUUCGUGACCUCAACGAUCGUCAGGCCCAGCAGGAUGUUUUGACUCUUGGUAUUGUUAUUGACGAAUACAUUCGCCUGAUUGGCAGUAUCAAAACGGCUUUCCAACAACGCCAGAAGGCCUACCACAACUGGCACACAGCCGAGGCUGCUCUGCAAAAGCUAAAGAACACACACGACAAGCUAUUGCGAGCUGGUCGCACCCAGCAAGAUCGCCUUUCUCAGAUGCAAGCAGAUGUUGCAGAUGCCGAGCGACGUGUCCACCAAGCACGUUUGCUGUUCGAGGACAUGGGUCGUUUGAUGCGCAGCGAAUUGGAUCGCUUCGAGCGCGAGAAGGUUGACGACUUUAAGAGUGGUGUCGAGACCUUCCUUGAGUCUGCAAUCGAGGCGCAAAAGGAACUCAUUGAGCUCUGGGAAACAUACCUGCUACAAUUAGACGCCGAUGACGACGAGUCGGCACCAUACUUUGCCGCCGGCGUCAACGCCAGCGAGCGCAACACAGACCAGGAAUCUUCGCAGAGAGAUGCGACGGAUGGUGGAGAUGCACCUGCAGCUGGAGCUACCAGCGAGACGAGCAAUACUGAGGAACAGCCCUCUGACCUUGCACCACCAGCCGCAGAAGUCGAGAGCGAAGCAUAG